UUAAUGCUUAGUAAAUAUUUCUGGUUUUUUCGCUAAAUUUUACUAUGUUUCAUUAAUUAGACCAUAUUGCCAAUAUAAAGUGCUGCCAUCAUGAACUGUAUUGCAACUGAACAGCUAGGAGAUGCAAAGGAUGUUAUGGAACCAAUUCGAAAUGUUGAAGGUGCUAGAUUUCCUGUAUUAACUCCUAAUCUUAAAGGAUUUGAAGCUGCAGUUGCAGCAGGAGCCAAGGAAGUGGCGGUCUUCGCUUCCGCUUCGGAAUCUUUUUCCGAGUCAAAUAUAAAUUGCAGCAUAAGGGAGAGUCUUAAACGUUACCAUGAUGUUUCGCUUGCAGCUAAGAAGGCCUCACUUCCUAUCCGUGGAUACAUAUCAUGUGUUGUGGGUGUCCAGUGGAAGGAAAGGUACCUCCAACGAAAGUCGCAUGUGUGGCAGAAAAGCUUUAUGAUAUGGGUUGCUCUGAAAUAUCUCUUGGAGAUACGAUCGGUGUCGGUACUCCUGGUAAUACUUAAUUUGUCUGCUCUAUUUUUGCUAUUGAACUUUUGGAACAUUCUAAUAUUCUAACUCAUGCGUGACAACUUUUAU